AUCUAAUUCUUCCAAGUGUAAUUGUAGAGGAUGAACGUGGGCUAGAUGGUGUCUAGUCGGUAAACCUGGUUGGAAGUUUUCCGACGAAAAUUUUCCAUCAGAAAACGCAGGGUUGUCAAACCGAAACGUCGCGUGGACCCGUCUCGAUUGCACCCAAAAUUGGCUUCAGCAUGAACUGUUGCAUUUUUUUUCUAUAUGAAAUGGUUUUCGAGUCACAUUUUUGGAUAGUUCCAUUUUUCAGGAAAUGUUGAAAUUGACCGUUUCCCUUCCGAGUUGGAACCAAACCAAAAUGUCAGCAUUUCCCCAGGACCGGAGAGUCCGAGUCCCAACCGGCUUUGGCUGGGGGGCGUCUCUAAUGUUCCCGGUUUGCUGGAUUGCCUUGCCCUGAGCUGUGCUUCUUGCCUGUAGCAGCAAAGCCAAUCGGUCUGUUCUGGUGUCAUUGGUCGUGAGUUUUCGUAUUGGCAGAAGGGAGUGAGUGAUGGCUCUGAAUGAUGAUGACAAUAAUGACUGACACGUACAUAGUUCAGUCAAAGUUCCCCAUGCUCUUUCUGGCUGUGAUCCUUAUUUAACUCCUAUGUUGCAGCAGUGCCUAGGGGGGAAACCAGGUUGAGGCCCCCUUCUGCUGGAUGCUGCCCAAACGUAUCCGAUUCUCUCUCCCCUUUCUGCCAAAUUCCCCCUCCCUUCUGCACACAUUCUGUGUGCUUUAUUGAUCAGCUGAUUCUAUUGGUGUGAGUUCUCUCUUCUCCUCCCACUGAAAUGCAACCACUUCUGGGGUGGACUGCGGCUGCCAUUUAACACAAGCACUGAUAAAUGAGCUGUUCGGAACGGUCCUUAGCCCCAGAGGCCCGUGCGUUUCAUGGCACGUCUGGACCCGAAUCUACAGCAACAUUUACGUUAGUGCAUCUGGGUAACAUCCCCUUGGUUCCCCUCCCUCCCACGCCCCAACACACAUACACACACUGUAGCACCUGGUGGCAAAUACUUGCUGGUGAACAAUUCAUUGAGGAUUAAUUUUGAGGAUGGAUUUUUUUGCUGCAUUCUCCUGACAGCUUGUUCUAUGGGCCAACGUAAUUAUGAUGCAGUCCGGGCAGCCUGGCUUAGAAUCUCCUUCCCACACCCUGAAGCCGCCGCUGGGCCGGAGAGAUGGGACCUCUCCGAAUGACAACGCCCCCCUGGAGGAGCCCUUCCCCUGGGUGGGGCCGAAGACAGUGCUGCUUCGGAAGAGCUCGCAGGGGGGGUUCGGCUUCACCCUCCGACAUUUCAUCGUCUACCCCCCGGAGUCGGCGGUCCACUCCAAUGUCAAGGAGGAAGAGAAUGGAAACCGAGGAGGUCCCCAGCGGAGCCGCCUGGAGCCCAUGGACACCAUCUUUGUGAAGAAUGUGAAGGAAGAUGGGCCUGCGCACCAGGCUGGCCUCCGCACAGGAGACCGGCUUGUCAAGGUGAACGGGGAGAGCAUCAUCGGGAAAACCUACUCCCAGGUCAUAGCGCUGAUCCAGAACAGUGACGAUGCCUUGGAACUCUCCAUCAUGCCCAAAGAUGAGGACGUCCUCCAGCUGGCCUAUUCUCAGGAUGCCUACUUGAAGGGCAAUGAACCCUACUCCGGGGGAGCCCAGAGCAUCCCGGAGCCACCUCCCGUCUGUUACCCUCGGAAGACCUACCCGUUCCAGUCCAGGGCUCCCAGCCGGGAGGCGAUGGUAGCCGAGCCUUUGCAGGGACAGCAGGCGGACGGCAGAUCCUACCGGCCUGCUCCUUCAGGCCCAUCUUCCCCCUUGAACAGCGCGGCACUCAGCAGCUCCAUGCCCAGCACGUGGAACGAGGCCAGAAGCGACGCCGCUCGGGAGAUCGGCAGCACCCAUUCCAGCCCGGCCCACCGCACAGAGGAGAUCCAGUAUGGAAUGACCCAGCCGAGGCCCGGGAUGCCCGUCGCAAGGCCGGUCCCAGCCCCCGGCUCCUUCUCACGCGUCUCCAACACCAGCUUCGCAGGUCCCCUUGCUUCUUCCUUGCCAGAGAGGUACGGCGUCCCGACUGCUUCCUCCAUGGCCAGCCAGGCCUGCUACGGGGUCCCCAGGCACCUCCCAGACCAUCGGACUCACUGCGGUUUCAAGGAUGGCCGGGAUGUUAGCAUGGGGCCUGGCGGCCCGGGCCGUCCCUCCUGGGAGUAUCUGGGCGGCCCCAAGGCCGUCAGCCGGCUGGAGUGCCAGCAGGCGCUCUCCAACUGGCUGUCCAGCCAGGUGCCACGCCGGAGCGCCUCGGAAGAGCGGAGGUACGCCAUGCCGCCCCGGUACCGCAGCGUCUCUCAGGACCGCCUGGGAGACACCCCGGCCUCCAGAGGCUGGCCCCACAGUGCCUCGCAAGACACCUUGCUGCAGCCCAGCCACGACAGCUGGGGCUACCGGGCCCGGUCCGACAACUCCCUGGGGAGGUACGGGCGCUCCAUGGAGGCGCUGGAGCAGAGCGCCCUGGUCUCGCCCCGCUUGGACAAGUGCACGUGGCUGCCGGAGAAGUUCUAUAGGCCGGGCCCCGGGCAAGUUGCCCGAGCUCAGCCUAGCCAGCCAAGUUCGUACGCCCCCUCCUGCUCCUCUAGAGAGCCUCCCCCCGCCCACGUGCAGAAACACCCUUCCCAGCCCAACCUGCAGAGCGUCGACGACUCGGGGUACAUUGGGUAUAGGAGCUACAGCCCCUCCUUCCAGCGCAGGACUGGCCUACUGCACGCACUCUCCUUCAGGGACCCUAUCUUUGGUGGCCUUCCAGUGUUCAAUAUAUCGCAAAGGCAAGGAACUCAACCAGCACCUUACCCGGACAGGUCCCCGUCACUGCCAGUUGCCGCCCCCCCUGGCCCGGAGCCCCCGCCGGGCAGUGGGCCCGAGAUUCCCAAGGACCAAAGAACCCCCAGCCAAGACAGCGGCGCCAGGUCUCUCCAGCCGCCUCUGCCUCGGCCCGAGGCGGAGGAGAGGAAAGAAGAGGUGGUCCUCAGGCAGAAGCCCCCCACGGGCCGCAAGGCGCCGGCCCCCGCCAGGCAGAUGAACUUCAUCUUCCCCGACCACAUGAAGGAAACGGACAUUUGUGACCCGCCGCUGAGCUGCAAAGGGGACAAGCCGGCGGCGGAGCGGCCCGCCCGGCGGGUGGCACCAUUGGCAGUGCCAGAGGAUUCCCUGGCAUCCAUUCCAUUUAUAGACGAGCCGACGAGCCCCAGCAUCGACCUGAAGGCAAAGCACAUCCCUGCCUCCUCCGUCGUCUCCAGCGCCGUGAACUCUGCCCCCGCCAUCACCGGCAGCCCUUCCUCACCCACCUUCACCUUCGCCAUCAGUCGCCAUUACUCCCAGGACUGCAGCAGCAUCAAAGCCAGCCGCCGAUCCUCCUACCUCCUGGCCAUAACAACGGAGCGCUCCAAGUCGUGUGACGAUGGUCUGAACACAUUUCGUGACGAGGGGAAGAUCCUAAGGAGGACGCCAAACCGGGUGCCGAGUCUGCGCAUGCUGAGGAGUUUCUUCACGGACGGGUCUCUGGACAGCCUCGGAAUGUCUGAAGACACGAGAUCAAAGAGGCACUCGACCUCCGACCUCUCGGACGUGACUUUCAGUGACGUGAGGAAAGAGGGCUGGCUCCACUACAAACAGAUCCUCACCAAAAAGGGGAAGAAAGUUGGCGGGGGCAUCCGGCAGUGGAAGCGCGUCUUCGCCGUUCUCCGCGCACACUCCCUUUACCUGUGCAAGGACAGGCGGGAGGCCGUGACCUACGCGCCGCCCCAAGGUGAGGAGGAGCAGCCGAUCAGCAUCCGAGCGUGCCUGGUGGACAUUUCCUACAGCGAGACCAAGAGGAAGCACGUCUUCCGGCUGACGACCGCUGACUUCUGUGAAUAUCUCUUUCAGGCAGAGGAUCGGGACGACAUGCUGGCCUGGAUCAAAGUCGUCAGGGAGAACAGCAAGGCCGAGGGCGAGGACCCUGGGUUUGCAAGCCAAGCGCUUAUCAACAAGAAGCUAAAUGACUACCGGAAAGUGAGCCCCUCGGGAACAAAACCAGACUCUUCCCCCAAGGGCUCGCGCGGGCUGGGGAUCAAGGCCGAGCUCCUGAAGCAGACGGGGACGAGCGCCCCCCGCUCCCCAAGGCAGGACAUGGCCGUGACUAAAGAUGACGGUGCCCCCCAGAAAGCCCCUUGGGGCAUCAACAUCAUGAAAAAGAACAAGAAAUCUGCUCCGCGGGCCUUCGGCGUCAGGCUGGAGGACUGCCAGCCCGCCCCAGCCAACAAGAACGUCCCGCUGAUCGUGGAGGCCUGCUGCAAGGUGGUGGAGGACAAGGGGCUGGAGUACAUGGGCAUCUACCGCGUGCCCGGGAACAACGCCGUGGUGUCCAGCCUGCAGGAGCAGCUCAACAAGGGAAGCACCGAGAUCAACCUGCAGGACGAGAGAUGGCAGGACCUGAACGUCAUCAGCAGUCUGUUGAAAUCCUUCUUCCGGAAGCUCCCGGAGCCCCUGUUCACAGACGAUAAGUACAACGACUUCAUCGAAGCCAACCGGAUAGAAGAUGCCAGCGAGAGGAUGAAGACGUUGCGGAAACUGAUCCGGGACCUGCCGGGGCAAUACUACGAGACGCUCAAGUUCCUGGUGGGGCACCUGAAGACCAUCGCGGACCACUCUGAGAAGAACAAGAUGGAGCCCCGGAACCUGGCCCUGGUCUUCGGCCCCACGCUGGUCCGCACGUCCGAGGACAACAUGACGGACAUGGUGACGCACAUGCCAGACCGCUACAAAAUCGUGGAGACCCUCAUCCAGCACUCGGACUGGUUCUUCAGUGACAAGGAGGACAAGGGGGAGAAGACCCCUGUGGACGAGAAGGAGGCGCAGUCGGUGCCGAACAUCGAGUACCUGCUCCCCAACAUCGGGAGGACGGUGGUGCCAGGGGACGCCUCAGAUUCAACCAAUAGCGGCUCUGCCAAAUCGAAGCAGGGCUCGGGGGCGCCCCGGAAGGAUCAGUACAACAAGGAGCUGCUCGCCAUCUCCUUCAUCGCCGCCGUCAACCGCAAGAGGAAGAAGCGGCGGGAGGCCAAGCGUUUGGGGAGCAGCACGGACGACGACUCGGAGCACGAAGCCACCAAAGGCAGAGCCGAGGAGGCCAGGGGUGGGGGCGCGGAGGAGGAAGAGGCCAAGGGGCCGGGGUGCGGCGUGGCCCCCGGAGAGCCAGGCCCAACGCGCGACGCUCCGAGCCGCCGAGCGAGCACAGAGGAGCAGGCGGGACCGAGGGAGCCAGCGCCGGACGCCCGGUCCAUCGUUUCGGGCUAUUCCACCCUGUCCACCAUCGACCGCAGCCUGUGCUCGGAGGUGCAGUCGGUGGCCGAGAGCCGAGGUGACGAGGCAGACGACGAGCGCAGCGAAUUCAGCCACGUGGAGACGGACACGGAGAGCAGCUUCCUGCUGGGAAGGGCGGGGCCGGGCGCCGGGCCGGGGCCCGAGGCGGAGAGCGGCGAGAAGGAGAAACUCGCCCGGGCCUCCUUCAACUCCCACCGGCUCAUCCAGUGCGACACGCUGGCCCGCAGGAAGCUGGCGCGGCCCCGUCCGGACAGCGAGUCGUCCACCAAGGGCAGCCAGGAGUCCCUGCAGCCCCCGGGGGCCGGUGGGGAGCCGUGGGGCAGCGGGGCCCCGGCCAGGCCCUCGCUGACGGAGCAGAUCCGCCUGCGUCUGCGCGGCUCGGCCGACGACAUGCUGGCCGUGCGCCUGCGCAAGCCCCACUCCCCGGAGACGCGGCGCAAGAAGAGCUCCUGGAGGCGCCAUACGGUGGUGGUGCCCGGCGGCCUGAAGGACCUCAACUUCAACGAGUGGAAGGAGCAGCAGACGCCGGGCCAGGGACCCCCCGUGGGUCCCGAGCUCUGCCCCCCGGACACCGGCGCCUCCUGCAGGGACCUGCACAGAGACAACAAGGACUCGGGCCUCAGCAGCCUGGAGUCGACCAAGGCCAGGCCCUCCUCGUCCUCGGCCCUGAGCCACCAGGGCGGCGCCGGUGAGCAGCUGCACAGCAAGGGCCCGGAGGGGAACCCUGGCGACCGGGGCCCGGCUCCCACCCGCGCAGCUUCUUUCCGCUUCCACCAUUGUCUCUAACCCCCGAGGCCUGUCUCUGCUUCCCCCCCCAUCUCUCUCGCCCCCUGUGCCUCUUGUGGCGAAGGCUGAAGUCCCCUCUCUAGGGGCCAGCAGCCACUCGCCCGGUUUUUGCCGGCCUUGCCCCUUGAACGUCCCUUGGCCUUUCUCACGGGGCUCCCUAGGCUGCCGGAGACGCCCCCGGCCGCGCUGCCUGGCUGGCGCUCGGGCGCGGCGUUCACUGAACGACCCUCCCUUGGUUUGGGGACGUAAUCGUGAGUCUGUUUGAUUUGUCUUCCUUUUUAAGACUCCCCCACCCCUGACGUUGCCAGGCCAGGCCUGGGUGGGGGAUUGUCCGCAGCUCGGAGCGUCCCGGCCUCGCCACAGAGCCGGGAUCCCAGCCCUUUGGGUCCAGCCCGCAGCUGGGAUGGGCGGGCACAGCGCACCCACAGGAAGCACUUGGCCUAAGACAGGCAACCCCUCCCCGGUCUCCUGGCCCCCCCCCAGCACAUCUCCCUGCGUGGCUGUGGGGUCCCUGAGGCUGCCAGAUCCACUCCGCUGUCCCCCAGAUGUCACGGGGGGAGCGUGCGUGGCUCUCGCUGCCCCCCCCCCUUGGUGGGGGAUCCCACGGUUCCUGCCAAGGGCUGCUCCCUGCUGACGCGGGGGGUUGGGGGCAGGGGAAUGAUGCUCCGAUUUCCAUGAGACUGUUGCCAGCCCCCCGCUGCCAGCCCCCAAACCUCCCAGCAGGAGCUGGUGCCUCUGAAAUCCUGCCCCAGCUCUGGCAUCACGUCACUGUGCCCCUCCCCCUGCCCCCUCGGCUCAGAGAAAGUGCCCCCUGGUGUGCAAGGAACUGCUGGGUGGCUUUGAACAGAGGGUCCCUGGCACCCCAGUCCCGCCCGCCCCCGAGAGGCCCCCCCUUUCCCAAGCCGGUUCUCCCACCCCGGGUCAGUCCAGGGUGAGCGAGGCGGCUGUGGAAUGGAGACAGGAGGCUGCGCAGACACAGCGCCCGCACGUGGGCUUUUCUCAAGAGCGUGAGUGUUUUCCCACUGGCUCGUAACACUGGCGUGUGCAUGUGUAUGCACAUGCACCAUUCAGGUCUGUGUGUGUGCACAUGCGUGUGCACCAGUCGCCAGUGUGUGUGCACGUGUGCACCAGUUGCACCUGUGUGAGUGCGUACAUGUGCACCAGUUGCACAUGUGUGUUCAUGUACACCAUUUGCACAUGUGUGUGUGUGCACGUGUGUGCUAUGGCUGUGCCCCAUGGAGCACGUGCCUGCGGUGCCCUUGUGUCCAGCCUGAUUCAGUGUUGGGUAAUUGGUAGAUGUAGGUGUGGUGGCAUCGUUGGCACCUGAGCAGGAGUGUGUGUGUGUUGGGGCCGUUGGCACGUGCUCAGUGACCACAUGCCCGCUGGUACCAGGUGCGGGAUCCACUUGCGUAAAUGCUGGGAAAUGUCCCUCGUGCCAAGGGGCCCUUUGUUCCCCAGCCCCUCCUCUGUGCCAGGCCGUGCCAGGUCCUGCGCUCUGCCAGGGAGGAGGUGCUGUUGUUUGCUAGCCUCAAAGCCACGGGGGGAGAAGCAAGAGAAGGAACAGGGGCUGGGGAAGCAUAGGAAGGGGGCCCAGGUCAUGGCUGGUUCAGUGCUUCCAGUGGCCAAUUCCCCUCCAGGCAUGGGAGUUUUCCUUGCACGCCCCCAGCCUCAUGCUCUGCCCCCCACACCCACCACCCCGGUGUGCCUGUCACCAUUCCCCAAGCUUCCCCCCCCCCUCGCUCCCCUCCCCCCCCCGUGUAGAUGCUGGUGGUUCUACCCACCCCAUGUGCAGCUGAGCCGUGCAAAGCCCCCUGAGGUUAGGCCGCCCGGUGGGACUUGGGCACUCCCAGGGGGAGCGUGGGGGCAUCUUUGGCUGGGCAGCCCCCUGGCUAGCAGGUGGAGUGGGCAGCUGGGGACGUGAGCGUUAGGUGACACCCCCAGGCAGGUCGCAGCCCCUUUGAGAAGCAGGGCGGGGAGGGGGGCAAGCGAGCGGCGUGGGUGUGCACAGGACACACAAGUGGCACUGCAGAGAGUAACUAGGCCCAGGGCCCAUGGCAGCGACGCUGGGAGAACGCACGGCUCACGGGAUUGAGACUAGAUCUGUCUUGGCCGCUGUCGAGUCCGGCCCUUGCUAGCAGCGCCGACCGGGGAAAUGGCCCGGGGUAAACCCAUCGCGCCAUCCGGCCCCGAGCCUGUUUCCAGCCGGGUUGUGGGCAGCCCAGUGUUAAUGCUCCAGACCCGGUGCCGUGUGGCUGCGAACGCAACAGUGCCAGUGCCCCAGGCGGUUUAAUCCUAGUCCCUACCUUGCACAGCCCGGCUUUCAGCCCUACCAGCUCCCUUCCUCCCAGGCCCCCGCAUGCCCAGGGACAGGCCUGGCGUGUUUGCGUCUCACAGCCCAGCUGGUUCCCCAGCACUAACUGGCUGCCCCUUGCCCCGCACCUGGGUAGAGCGGAUGCGGCCAGAGCACAGAAAGAACUGGGUUUGAAUGCAGGGCUUGCCGGAGCCCGGAGCGUGCACACUUGCUCUGCAUCGCCCUUGGGAUGCACAAGGACUGGAGCAUUCAAACCUCUGCGACAGGAAUGUGUGCACCCUGCAAACCUCCCCUCGCCCACCCCUGCUGGUUUCACCCAGGAACUCGUUUGUGUUUUGUUUUCCGUCACACCGCCAACGUCCCAGUGCUUGUGCCACCCGCCCAGCUGGGGGCACCGGUCACGGCCUUGCGUCUCAAAGCGCUUUCGCAACCGAUGCAGCCGCCGUCGGGGCAGGCCGCAGCAGCUGUAACGGGUGCAGGGUUCAGGUUAAGGGAGCCAAUGGGAACUGGCGAGGGUGCUGCAGGUAGGUGGGGCUAAUCUUACACAAACUGGAAUUUGGCUGGCCCUGGCAGCUUGUCUCUCGCUACAGACAUAGUGCCAUGGAAGAGUUUUGAGUCCGUCGCACGCUGCAUUUCUCAGCGUCAGGAGAGCCGACGCUGGCGUGAGCUCAUUCGUCCCAGGUAACUGGAGCCAGGCAGCGUAUUAAUUCCAUGCACAGAAAGUCCCACUUUCUACCAGGCAAGCAAACGUCUGUCGUCCUAUGCAGUGGUUUAUAUUUUUCCUCUUGAAAAUGGUAAAACUGUGUUUUCAUGCUGCUAGAUUGUGGCUCCCUUUUAGUUUGAAAUUAAAACCACCCCUCCCCCCGCCAAAUCCAAUGCACCCGUCUCUGUGUUUAGAAAAAAGGCCAACUGCAGCCCCGUGCCCGGCGAUGGUCUUCCUGACCCAGGGGUACUGUCUCUGCAGCGAGCGCCCAGCUGUCCUCUACCGCGCUGGGGCUACAAAAUAACGCCACGCCGCGUCUUCCGCUUCAAACUGCAGCCAUUCCAAUGAGAGGCCUUGGGAGGAUUUUAAAAAUAAAAUUAAAACAAAAAAAAAAACCUUACUCCAGUUGAUGCAUCGUUCUCGUACUUUAUGCAAAUAAUUGCUGUAAAGUUUUGUUGUUUUCCUUUUUUGUGUAAAUAGCGUCUUGAAAUGUGUAACAUAUUACAAAGAAUUUAUAAGGAUUUUUUUAAGACGUUUCGCUCGUUUAAAAAAAAAAAACCCCAGAAGAAAACCACCAAGUGCUGUAACAGUGUUGAAUUUUUAAAACCUUCCUGCAUGUGUCAUGUUUUUCCUUGAGGUGUUGUAAAAGGUCAGACAUAUAUAUGGAAUAUGCAAAACUAAAAAAAACCAACCCACCUGGUUUGGCCCUCGCCGCCGUACAGUUCUAUAUAUUGGAAAUAAACUGGCGUAUUCAAGGAA